AUGUUAACUCUACAAGCCUUUGAGAAAUCUCAAACAAAACCUUCUUCUCAACUUCGUAAUCAAUCAGCAAGGUCGCAUUCAGUAAGCUCAAAAUCAACGGGAGAGAAGCCUGAUAAAACUUGCUUACUUUGUGAAGAAGAACAUUAUAUAUCUUAUUGUCCUAAGUAUCAACAAAAAACUAUAAAACAACGUUUAGAUCUUGUCUCUGCAAAAGGACUUUGUUUUAAUUGUCUCGGACAUCAUAGAGCAACAAAUUGUCAAUUAACGAGGCGAUGCAUCAAAUGUGGAAAACGCCACCACACGACCUUCCAUAAAACAUCAACACAAGAAGAGACGAAAAGUACAUCCGAUGUACGACAUCAAGCAUCGUCUUCUAUCGAGCUUGCAGCAAACAUUCCAUCAACCGCUAAAGAAUCAACUAAAGUCGUUCAUCAUAUUCAACCUGAGAAUUUUGAUUCGAAUCCAACCGUGCUGUUAGCCACCGCCAAGGUCAAAGUUGUUAAUCAUUAUGGAGAAAUUGUUCCAGCGCGGGUUCUUUUAGAUCAAGGUUCUGAAGUAUCUUUAGUUUCUGAAAAACUAGUUCAACAACUGCAUCUCUGUCGAAAAGCUUCUCACCUUCGUUUGAUAGGAGUUGGAAGACAAUCUUCUGGGAAAACAAAAGAAAUUGUGACACUUUCAUUAAGACCUCAUUUUGACACGAAUACAGAAGUUUUCGUCACCGCAUACAUCCUUCCUAAGUUAACUUCAGCAUUUCCAGCAGCAUCACUAGUCUCUUCAACGUGGGCUCAUCUUCGUAACUUACCAGUAGCAGAUCCUGAAUUCAUGAAAUCAGGAAAUAUCGACAUUAUCAUUGGCGCUGAAAUGUACGGACAAUUGUUAGAAGGAUCUAUUAUAAAGGGACCUUUAGAUGCUCCAAUAGCGCAACUCACUAAAUUUGGAUGGAUAAUUUCUGGACCUACUAACUUUAUUUCUGUCAAUCGAGAAUCUCAGAAUUAUCACUGCACAAUUGAUCACGAUCUUUAUGAGCUAAUAAAACGUUUCUGGCAUCAAGAAGAAAUCUGCCCUGCUCAAAUCACUAAACUAUCUUCUGCUGAACAGAAAUGUGAAGAACAUUUUGCUUUGUCUCAUUCUCGCGAUUCUACUGGAAGAUACAUAGUGCGAUUACCUUUCAAAUUUCCGCCUGAUCAAUUAGGCGAUUCCAAGCCCUCCGCGUUAAAAAUGCUAAAUCAUCUCCAAAGGAAAUUUCAAAAGGAUCCGAUGUAUUAUAAAGCUUAUUCCUCCUUUUUAUCAGAAUAUGAAAAUCUUCAACACAUGAGCAAGGUUCCUGUCGACGAAUCCAAGCCGGAACAAAUUUUUUAUUUACCUCAUCACGGUGUCAUUCGAGAAAGCAGUACCACGACUAAGUUACGAGUUGUCUUUAAUAGAUCUUGUGCUGUGGUUGACGGAUUAACAUUGAAUGAAAUUCUUCAUACCGGUCCCAAGCUUCAAACUGAUAUUUUCGAUGUUCUAAUCCGAUUUUGGCAGUUCCAGUACGCCUAUUCAUUAACGUAUGGUCUUGCUUGUGCGCCAUAUUUAGCGCUCAAAACCUUCCUUCAAUUAAUCAAAGAUGAAGGCCACAAUUUUCCUUUAGCGGUCGAAACAAUCUCGAAGGCUCGGUACGUUGAUGAUGUUUAUGGAGGAGCUGACACCAUCCAAAAAGCACAAGAACAAGCAUUCCAGGUCUAUCAGCUCUGUAUGGCGGGCGGUUUCCCUUUAAGAAAAUCGACGAGUAAUAACCCAUCAGUUCUUGACUGCAUCAAAAUGCAGUUUUGUAGUCCCGUUAACUCCGUAUCCAUUCAUGACAAUAUCGUUUACGCACUAGGUGUCAUAUGGAACACUACGUCAGAUAAUUUCCAAUUCAAGCUAAACAAACCUCCAUCCACUUAUAUGUCAAAACGUAUCGUAUUAUCACAAAUUGCGCAAAUCUUUGAUCCGCUAGGCCUUCUAUCUCCGAUUAUUAUCAAAGCGAAAGUCUUCUUACAAGAAUUGUGGGCAAUUAAGUUAUCUUGGGAUGAAAUCUUACCCACCUCUCAACUCUCGAAUUGGCAACAAAUCCUUCAAUAUAUGGCCAGUGUUGAUGUUAUCGAAAUCCCAAGAUGGAUAGGUUCAAACACAACAAAUCCAAUCGAGAUUCACGGAUUCUGCGACGCAUCUCAAUCAGCUAUGGCAGCUGUCGUCUACGUAAAAAUUCUCCACCCGACUAGAAAAGCAAACACUUCCAUUCUUUGCUCAAAAACCAAAGUCGCGCCUUUAAAACGAAUGACAAUCCCUCGCCUCGAGCUAUCAGCGGCUGUCAUGCUUACUAAACUAACUCAUCAUGUCCAACAAGUUUUGAACUUGUCUAAUUCUGUAUGUUAUCUUUGGACGGAUUCUUCAAUUGUUCACACUUGGUUGAGUAAACAUCCUUCUCGUUGGAAAGAUUUUAUUCACAACCGAGUAUGCUUCAUACAAGAAACAUUGCCUCAAGCUAUCUGGCGACACGUAUCCGGAAAAGACAACCCUGCUGAUUGUGCCACCAGAGGUCUAUCAGCUUCGCAAUUGCGAGAUUUUCACUUGUGGUGGACAGGACCUGUAUGGUUAUCAAAAAAUUCAUCAGAAUGGCCAAAUUGCUUUCCGACCUUUGAUACGGUACAUCAUCUGGAAGAGCGAUCUUCUUCAAACGUUAUAAUUCUACAAACAUCAAAGUAUCAAGAACAUAUUUGGAAUCUUAUUCUGCGUUACUCGUCCUUCAGUCGAUUACUCCGAAUAACUGUCUUAUGCAGAAGAGUCAUCAUACGCAUGAAACGAGUCCCAAAGACUUCUUUUAAAUAUGCCAUUAACCCUGAUGAAAUCUUAGAAGCUCAGAAAUUUUGGAUUCAAAGAACCCAACAAAAUUAUUUUGCAGGAGAAAUCAAGUUGCUCUUAACCAAAGCGGAUCUACCUAAAACCAAUCCUCUCAAUCGUCUAUAUCCAAUCAUCGAUGAACAAGGUUUAUUACGCGUUAGAGGUCGGCUAGAAAAUUCAACCCUUGAACAAACAGCUAAGCAUCCUUAUAUAAUUCCAAGACAAUCUGCUUUAAGUACCUUGAUCAUCCAAGACGCGCACGAACGAACUUUACACGGUUCAACUCAAGACACGCUUUCUUAUAUCCGAAACACAUACUGGAUAUUAGGAGGCAGAGCACCAGUACGAUCCUAUAUUCUUAAAUGCGUCAAAUGCGCUCGUUAUCGCCGAACUCAAGCUCAACAAAUCAUGGGGCAAUUACCCGCUUCUCGAGUUAAUCCGUCUCGUGUUUUUUUACAUAGCGGCGUAGAUUAUGCCGGCCCUUACAACAUUAAGUCCUGGAAAGGCAAAAAUGCUCGUUCUUUUAAGGUUUGGAUUGCUCUGUUCGUAUGUUUUAGCACAUCAGCUAUUCAUCUCGAGAUCGUCACCGAUUAUACUACUGAUGCAUUCGUCGCCGCCUAUAAACGUUUCACUGCUCGGAGAGGGAUCUGUGCUUCCCUCUCAAGUGACUGCGGUACUAAUUUUAAGGGAGCAGAACAGCAGCUAAAACAUCUUUUUUCAGAAACCUCCUCUGAACUUCAACGACUAGCUUCUAUAAUCGCUAAUGACGGAACUAAAUGGAUCUUCAAUCCACCAUCCGCUCCUCAUUUUGGAAGAAAAUGGGAAGCUGGCGUGAAAAGUUCGAAAUAUCACUUCAAACGUACAGCAGGAACCUUGAAUCUUACUUACGAAGAAAUGACUACCCUUUUAACAAAAAUAGAAGCCAUUCCUAAUUCCAGACCUUUAUGUCACCUUACAGAUGAUCCCAACGAUUUAGACGUCCUAACACCAGGUCAUUUUCUUAUCGGUCAACCACUAUAA